AUGGAGGGGAUUUUGAAAGUUUGGUUAGACUCUCAAUUACACAGAAAUAUUCGUUUAAAUCUUUCUCUUAUCCAACAAAAAGCUAAGGAAAUUUAUUCAAAAUUAAGAAAAAAAAUGGAUAAGAACUCAACUGAUACGUUUAAUGUAAGUUGGGGAUGGUUUAGAAGAUUUAAAAUCAGAGGCAACUUAAUUAACGUGAAAGUGACAGGAAAAGCAGCGAAUGCAGACUCUAACGCUGCUAGUGAAGUUAUAGCAACACUAAAAGUUAUUGUCGAUGAUGGAAAUUACACUCCACAUGAAAUCUUUAAUGUUGACGAAACGGGAUUGUUUUGGAAGAAGAUGCCUUCCAACACAUAUAUCACUAAAGAUGAGAAACGUAUGCCGGGAUAUAAAUUUGCCAAGGAUCGCCUAACUUUAUUACAAGGUGGAAACGCGGCAGGUGAUUUUAAAUUGAAGCCGAUGUUGGUUUACCAUAGUGAAAAUUUGAGAGCACUUAAAGCUUGGGUCACGAAAUCUGGAUUUGAAGAUUGGUAUAGAAACAAGUUUAUUCCAGAAGUGAAAGGUUACUGCUCUAAAAACAACUUAGCGUUUAAAGCAUUACUACUUUUUGAUAAUGCCCCUGGGCAUCCAAUAACGUUGAAUGAAUUAUGUCCCAAUGUAAAGGUAAUAUUUUUGCCACCAAAUACGACAUCAUUAAUCCACCCGAUGGACCAAACCGUUAUAGCCGCGUUUAGGAAAUAUUAUUUACGUGCAACUAUGGCAAGCAUGAUUAAAGCUAUUGAUGAUAGUAAGGAAUUAACGGUUAAGUCUUAUUGGAAAGAUUAUAAUAUCCAUAAUGGAAUUAAAAAUAUAUCUGCCUCUUGGGAGGAAGUUAAAGAAACGACAAUGAAAAGAGCGUGGAAAAGGUCGUGCCCACAAUUUGUUUAUGAUGAAGAAACAAAUGUUGAAGUCUUCAAAACGAAGUUGUAG